UCAUGCCACGACGAUCUAUAUGGAAGGGCAGUUUUGUUGAUGCAUUCCUGUUGAGAAUGAAGAAGGAAAGAGAGAGUCUUUUGAGCAGGAAAAUUUGGUCACGUAGAUCUUCUAUUUCGCCGGAAUUCGUCGAUUGCUCCGUACGAAUUUACAAUGGAAAAAGUCCUGUUCGUUGUAAGAUCACUGAAGGAAAGGUUGGUCAUAAAUUUGGAGAGUUUGCUUCUACACGGAAACGAAGACCUUCGAGAACAAAUAUUGAACCGGGAAGAAAAGGGAAAAAGUAAAGUCUGACGCGCCAUAUGGCACGAAAAGGAAAUCCGAUUUCGGUAAGACUUGAUCUGAAUCGUAGUUCAGAUCCAAGUCGGUUCAGUGAUUAUUAUUAUGGUAAAUCAGUGUAUCAAGAUGUCAAUCUGAGAUCUUAUUUCGGUUCGAUACGUCCACCUACGAGACUCACCUUUGGCUUUCGUCUCGGUAGGUGUAUUAUUCUACAUUUUCCCAAAAGGACAUUCAUUCAUUUCUUUCUUCCCCGUCGACCACGACGACUGAAACGACGCGACAAAUCAAGACCCGGAAACGUGAGAGGCCGGGGGGCAGGGAAAAGAGUCGAGUCGAUCAGGCUCGACGACCGGGAGAAGCAAAACGAAAUCAGGAUUUGGCCGAAAAAGAAGCAACGCUAUGGAUACCAUGACCGAUCACCAUCGAGAAAGAAGAAUCUUUCUAAAUCACUUCGGGUCAGCGGGGCCUUCAAGCAUCCGAAAUACGCCGGGGUUGUAAAUGACAUAGCGUUCCUGAUAGAAAAUGACGACUCCUCCAGAAAAACUAAGUUAUUCAAGUUCUUUUUCCCAAAGAAGUCCCGCUCCGGCGGCCCGACGAGUCAUCUACUUAAAAGGACCCUCCCUGCUGUGCGCCCCUCCUUGAAUUAUUCGGUCAUGCAAUACUUAUGGAAUACAAAGAACAAAAUGCAUUUCGACCCCGUCGUAGUUCUCAAUCAUUUCGUGGCACCGGGCGUGGCUGAACCAUCUACGAUGGGGGGAGCGAAUGAACAGGGAGGAAGCUUAGAUAAGAGAAUACGCUCUCGCAUCGGUUUUUUUGUAGAAAGCUCGACCAGCGAGAAAAAGUGUUUGGCCGAAGCCAAAAAGAGGUUGACCCACUUCAUUCGCCAAGCGAAUGAUCUUCGCUUCGCGGGAACAACAAAAACCACCAUCUCGCUCUUUCCUUUCUUCGGUGCUACCUUUUUCUUUCCAAGGGAUGGGGUUGGGGUGUAUAAGGAACUCUUUCUUGAGGAUGCCCGGGAACAACUCCUAGGUCAAUUAAGGAUCAAAUGUUGGAACCUCAUGGGUAAGGAGAAGGUAAUGGAAUUGAUAGAGAAAUUCAUAGACCUAGGUAGGAUAGGAGAAUUGAUAAAGGGAAUAGAGAUGAUGAUAGAGAUCAUACUGAGAAACAGAAGAAUUCCGUACGGGUACAACUCUUAUUUGAACGAAGUGCAAAAAAUUCGAUCUUUGUUGUCUAAUAGAACAAACACUAAUACCUUAAUUGAGUCGGUCAAGAUCAAAUCUGUUUAUCAAAGUGCUUCUCCGAUUGCUCAAGACAUCUCUUUUCAACCGAGGAACAAAACAAGAUCAUUUCGUUCCAUUUUUAGUCAAAUAGUGAAGGAUAUUAAAUUAGUAAUGCCAAAAGGGGUGGAGGGGAUCCGUAUUUGUUGUUCAGGUCGAUCAGAGGGUGCAGAAAUAGCUAGAACUAAAUGCGGAAAGUAUGGAAAAACAUCUCGUAAUGUAUUUAACCAGAAAAUCGAUUAUGCUCCUGCGGAAGUAUCUACUCGUUACGGAAUCUCAGGUGUCAAAGUGCGGAUCUCAUAUAGUAAAAAAAAAUAAGGGACGUGCUAUAUCCGAAACGUACGAAAUAUAGUAAAUAUCGUAAAGGCAGAUGUAGUAGGGGUCGCGAACCGGACGGUACACAACUUGGUUUUGGAAGAUAUGGCACCAAAAGUUGUAGAGCUGGUCGUCUUUCAUAUCGAGCCAU